AUGCUGAUUGAAAGAUUUAAUACGAUUCUAAAAGAAUUACCGGGAUUACCUGCUCCAGGUGUUUCGGGAUCUCGAAUCAAGGAAUUGACACAAAUUGCCGCUACUGAUAUAAAUAAAGAAAAAGAAAGUCAAAUCAUUGCAGCUCUCUAUUCUGCUUGUAAAUCAGCUCAAUUAUCACAUAAAUUAGGUACGUUAUAUGUCGUUGAUGCUAUUGCAAGAAGAUUAAAAGCAGAAGCAACAAAUAAUGGCGAAACUGUAAAUUCAAAUGCACCGGAAGGUACAAAUGCUUCUGCUGUUUUCAAAAUAGGUGAAUUAAUUGAAAGUUUAAUUGAUGACUCAAUGGAUUAUCAAUUAGAUCCCGGAAUGAUCAUAAAAAUUGGUAAAUUAGUUGAUAUUUGGGAUAAAUAUCAAACUUUUGAACCAACAAUUCUUGAAAAGAUUAAGGAUAAACAUUUUAAAUCUACAACUCCUCCUGGUACACCUCCAAAAACUAGUGUUGAACCUACUAAACCAACAUCAGAAGGUAAAGAAUCUAAUAGUAUACUACUGGCUUUAGCAUCUCUUGCAAAUACUGGUUCUGGUAAUUCUGCAAAUUCUCAAGGUACAACUAAUACGAACACCGCUGAUUUAUUAGCCAACCUUGCAAAUAAUGUUCCUUCUGAAACUAAUAAACAACAACAAGAACCGCAAGAACAAGCUAUUUUUAAUAUGUUGAAUCAAAUGCAAGGUGGUAAUGCUCAAUCACAACCUCAUCAACAACAAUAUCAUCAACCUCAUCAACAACAUCCACCACAUCAACCACAUCAACAACAUCAACAACAUCAACAUCAAGAUCCGUCAUUGGUUGGUACUAAUGGUUACAAUAUUGGAAGAAGAGAUGCUCGUGAAUCUCAUGUUGGUGGUGCCGGUAGACGUGACAGAUCAAGAUCACCAAGACGACAUGUUAGAUCUCCUCCACCUGCUUCAUCAUCGGUUCAAGCCAUGCAAGCUAAUUUACUUAAUUUGAAAAAACAACAAGCUAAUACUGCCGCUCAAAAUAAUAAUUCAACUUUUUCACCAAAUCAACAAUAUCAGCAAACAUAUAAUCAACAACAACAAAAAUCUCCUCAACAGCCUCAACGUCAAAAUCAACAACAAGAUCCAGCUUUUGUGUCACCAUCAGCUAUGGGAGGUGAAAUGAAUUUACCAGGAACUCCUCAUUACCGUCCAAGAAAUGUUGGAUUUGAUCCAUCUGUUCCUCAAGGGACUAUAAAAGUAUUAUCAAGAACUUUAUUUUUGGGUGGUGUUCCGAGAAAUAUGGACGAAAGAACUUUGGCUCAAGUGUUAAGACCAUUUGCUGAAAUCCAAUCAGUUAUUCUUAAUAGUGAAAGAAAGCAUGCCUUUGUUAAAGUUUAUUCUAGAAAAGAAGCAGAACAAAUAAUUACAUCUUUUAAUAAAGAUAAUUCAUUACCAUUAAGAACUCGUUGGGGUGUAGGAUUUGGACCUAGAGAUUGUUGUAAUUAUCAACAUGGUAUAUCUUUAAUUCCUAUUCAAAGAUUAACAGAAGCUGAUCAGACUUGGGUUGUAAAAGCUCAAUGGGGUGGUACUGGUGGUCAACCAAUUUCAAGUGGUAUGGUUGUUGAUGAACCAGAUAUUGAAAUUGGUGCAGGUAUUUCAUCAAAGGCAAUGUCUAAAAAAAUGCCUACUAAUUCCGCAAGAAAUGGACCUAAAUCAAAUAGACCUGGGGAACCAGAUGAAGAUUUUGUUAAAACUACUUUACUUCAACCACAAAUUCAAAUGAGUCAUGGAACAAGACCAGAUUUCGAAACUUAUCAACAAUCAUCAGUGAAUCCAUUACAAAAUUUGUUUGGAAAUAACAACGGAUCACCUCAAAUACAACAACAACAACAACCUUAUCAAGUACCACAAGUACCACAAGUAUCACAAGUAUCACAAGCACCACAAAUACCACAAAUACCGCAAAUACCGCAAAUACCGCAACAAGUACCACAGCAAAUGCAAUAUCCUGGUAAUUAUCAACAACCCCCUCCACCUGGGAUGCCAGCAAUUCCUCAAUUUCAAGGAGUCGCAGGUGGACCACAAGCUAUGCCAGAUCCAAGUCAAUUUCCACCUGGAUUUGCUGAAUAUCUAAUGAAAUCUAUGCAACAACAACAAAACCCGCAGUAG